GUGAGUGCCGGGGGGAUGUUGCAGCGGCACCCGGAGAAGGCCGGCGACGCGGGCGAGGAGGCGGGCGCGCAGAGCGCGGGCGGCUCGCGCUGCUCCACGCCGGGCGCGGGCUUCACGGGCCUGCGCGAGCUGGCGCGCUCCCUCAAGCAGCACCUGCUGGGGCUGGGCGAGCGCCUGGAGGACACCCGCGGACAGCUCGAGGACUCGUCCCGCUGCUUCCACCUCGUGGACAAGGCAUACGAGUGGGCUGUGGAAACUAUGAAGUUUUUAUCGAGAGCAAGGAUGAAAGACGUGUGUCUUGCAGAGUCCUCCAGACAGCUGAAGCAAUAUCUUUUGGAACACCCACCAAUCACAGAUGAGCAUCUAGCUGAAAUGUGGCAACUAGCAUACCGACUAGAUGAUGAAAAGUUACUCGACCAAGCUAAGACGGCCCACUCGCGGUGCCAGGACGCCAUGGGGAUGAUACACGCGCUGGAGGCGUGCGCGGAGCGCUCGGGCCCGGACCUCGGCCCCAGGAGGGUCAGCGCGCCCCUGCAGCCAGCGCGCAGGCGACCCCAUGCGAGGGGCGACGACUGCCCAUGCCUGGGCGACAUCCGGGAGAGCGCGGAGAACCUGCUGGAGAGCGCAAGCGCGCCCGUGCCCGUGCCGCUGUGGGGGGCGCCCCCGCCCGCCGUCACGUGGCCGUCCCCCGUGCCCCGCCCGUGCCGCGAGUGCGCUUGCUUCUCGGACGACGCUGCAGACUGUGCAGCGAGCGGAGGUGACGGCUGCUCUAAGAUUCCGGGGGAUCAGGCAAGAAGGGACAGCGUACCACCCGUGAAAGUCAAUAGCCAUCUCCACUACGAGCCCUCUGUGCUCACAGAUGAUGCCGACCCUGAUAGCAAGUGUUUCAGGAAUCAGAGGAUUCUAUUAAUAAUGAAGGAGCUCAUUCAAACUGAAAAGGAUUAUGUAGAAUCACUGCAUUACAUCACAGAGAAUUACAUCCCAGAAUUGCGUCGCGAAGACAUUCCACAAGCACUCAGGGGCCAGCGCAACGUCAUAUUCGGCAACGUUGAGAACAUUUUUGAAUUCCAUAGCCAGUACUUCUUGCAGGAGCUGGAAAUGUGUGAGAACAAUCCUUUGAAGUUGGGCGAGUGUUUUCUUCGACAUGAAAAAAGGUUCUAUCUGUAUGCUCUCUACAGCAAGAAUAAGCCUAAAUCUGACCAAUUAAUGGAAGAGUAUGGAACAUCAUUCUUCAAGCACAAGCAGCGAGAGCUGGGCGACGCGAUGGACCUGUCGAGCUACCUGCUGAAGCCGGUGCAGCGCAUGGGCAAGUACGCGCUGCUGCUGCGCCAGCUGACCAAGGCGUGCGGCGAGGGGGGCGAGGACCGGGCGGGGCUGCGCAGCGCCGAGGAGAUGGUGUGCUUCCAGCUGCGCCACGGCAACGACCUGCUGGCCUUGGACUCCCUCCGCGACUGCGACGUGAAUGUGAAGGAGCAAGGGAGACUGCUAAGGCAAAGUGAUUUCCUUGUGUCUCAGGGAAAAGGAAAGAAAUGCCUUCGCCAUGUGUUUCUGUUCGAGGAGCUUAUUUUGUUCAGCAAGGCUAGGAACUUUCCAGACAAAAAGAACAUGGACGUUUACAUUUACAAGAGUAGUACAAAAACGGCUGACAUUGGUCUCACGGCUGAAAUAGCAGGCAGCCCUACCAAGUUUGAAAUUUGGUUCAGGAAGCGGAAGCCAAACGAUACAUUUACCCUUCAGUCUGUGUCUGAAGAAACCAAACGUGCUUGGACCGAAGAAAUAUCGAAGAUUCUUUGGAAACAGGCUUUAAAAAACAGAGAAAUUCGUCUGGCGGAGAUGUCGUCCAUGGGGAUUGGCAACAAACCUUGUUUGGAUAUUCGACCGAGUGCAGACCAGAUAAAUGAUAGGUCUAUUAGUCUGUCACACCUCAGCAAAAUAGCAACGCCUCGGCUCCCGCACGCAGCUUCCAGCGACGCCUCUCACGCCGCCAGGAGGCCCUGCUCGCUCAUCUCGGUUGGCAGUUCGUCGUCCUCCGCCAGUCACUCGUCCGGCACAGGCUCCGGGUAUGCCACCCUGUGCUUCGACAGUCCCCGGCUGGACCACCGCUCCGCCACGCUCAACAGCCAGAGCUCCGUGGAGAGCGGCAUAGUCGCAGACAUCUCGCUGGGCUUGGAGGACGCAGAAGGAGGUGGCUCGCUGUGGCGCGGCAAGCGCAACGGCUCCGUGACGUCCGCAUCAUCGGACUCCUGCUUCUCGCCCGUCGAUGAGCACAAGGGCUUCCAGAGCGCGGCGAGUGGCACGGACCUGGACCUUUCGCCCGAGGUGGAGUCCGUAAAGCUGUGACUCGCCUGUGUGUGUGCGCUGUGUUACCGAUAAAUCUGGUGAAUGACUAUACCUCAAGUACGUGUUACCCUGGGGAGUGAGCGAGUUAGUGGUUUACAUAACGAUACACGAAUC